AGGCAUUGGAUUUCUGUGUGUUUCUAUGUGUUUUGAAGUCUGUGCAAUUGGUACUUUGUCCAAGUUUUCAUCUUUUGUAAUAUCAAGAUUUUGAACACUUACCCAUUUGUUGUUUUUGCAAACAUUUGCUUUUGGGUUAUCCGAAAAGUUGCGGGAUUUCGUUAUGUAUUGACCGGUAGUUUCAGUAACAAUAGAGAUUUAUCCGAAAAGUUGUGAUAUUCGUGUGUCGUUUGGUUAAGAAAAUAUGGCAAUCAAAUCUGUCACUGUUAGUGAAAUUCAAACCUUGUUGCAUGCUUAGCCGCUUGCCCUAGUUCGGUUAAAACAGCAGUGGGUGUAGAGUUAUUAGUGAUAUUCGUAGAUUGGUGCUGCGUGAAUCUAUAGUAGGAAGGAGCCAAGCAAAAUCUUUGUUGGAUUAGUAAGGGAGCAUUCUGAGUUCUUCUGUGGACACUGAUGACCUUGUUGAGUAGUCAACGUAAGUUUUUUCGGCGGUUGUCUUUGAGUGUUUGAAAGCAUCCCCGAGAUUUAUUUGCGGGACUGUUUUAUUUGGGUUCUCUGGGAGAGAAAUAAGCAUUGGAAGCUUGAUAUUGUAUACUUUGGCUUGCUUAUGACGCAUACAAUUUAGUGUACGGUGCUUUUUUCUUCUGCCAGAGUCAUCCCCUGCUGUUUUGGUAUUAGAUAUGUGAGUGGCUUUGAUAGAAGUUGAAGUGCUAGUUGUUAGUGGGCCACCACUUCAUGAGACAUUGACCCAUGGAUCCUGAAGGAACAAAGUUUGGACGAGGACCAAAAGAGUUGACUGGUGCUGUAGAUCUCAUAAGUCACUACAAGUUACUUCCCCACCAUGAGUUUUUCUGCAAGCGAUCACUUCCAGUAUCAAUAUCAGACACACACUAUCUUCACAAUGUGGUGGGAGACACGGAAAUCAGAAAAGGAGAUGGGAUGCAGUUGGAUCAACUUAUCCAGAGUACAUCAUAUCCCCGGGAUACGAAACCACGCAUACAGCCUUUUGACCUAGAUACUCUCAGAGAGGCUUUCCAUCUUAGAGAAACGGCUCCUAUUGAUCUGCCACUUGCAGAUAAGGGGACUCCAACUAUUGCAGGGAAAUCAAAGAGUGAGUCUAAAGACAAGGAGAAGAAACACAAAAAGCACAAGGACAAAGACAAAGACAAAGAGAAGGAUAAAGAGCACAAGAAGCGUAAACACCGUCAUAAAGAUCGAAGUAAAGAUAAAGACAAGGAUAAGAAGAAGGAUAAAGGUGGGCAUCAUGAUCCGGUCGGUGAUCACUCAAAGAAACAUGAAAAGAAAAGGAAACAUGAUGGAGAUGACGAUCUUAAUGAUGUCCACAGACACAAAAAAGCAUAAGAGCUCAAAACUUGAUGAAGUGGGUGCAAUCAGGGUAGCUGGCUGAAAUGAGGGGAUAUUUUAGUAAUUUUGUUUUCUUCAAAUGGUCGUUGUUCAUAGUCUGGAGGGGUCUUUCACUUGAUUUUGUGUUUCUUGAGAGUAACUUUUGAACUGACUAAAGAUUGUGAAGAAGGUGAAUUCACCUACUGAAAAUGUGGAUUAAAGGUAAAAAGUAGUUAAAGUGAACUUUGUAUAAUAACAAUGAUCUAAUAUGACUGCCUGUAAUUUGCAAACAACUAUGUUACUUUGUUUUCAUGGCACAUUGGAUAUGGUACUAUGUCUACGGUAUUACUAUAUUUUAGCAUUUUUAGAAGUCCAAAAUUUAUAAUUUGUGAGGGAGAGUUUGUACCUUGUAGCUUCCAGUUGUAGGGAAAAAUAGGUUUAGGAAGAGAUUGUAUAAAUGAUACCUUUCGUUCCUGUUUUGUUGUAUUAACAGCUAACAUUACUGCUUAUCCAAAAAACAUGUAACAUCUAGGCUUCUGUUCUCACCGAAAUUCUAAAUGGUAACAGUGAAAUACUCUGCAAAAAUAGAAAGACGUGAUGGUAGGUAUUCGAGACGAUCA